AUGAACCAACUACAUCGCCAGAUACACAGCCAGCAACGCCGACUGCCAAUAUUGGCCAACAGAGUUUCUCGAUCGUGCGAUGUUUUCAUCAACCAUAGAGGCAUUGAUACGAAGCGAACUGUGGCUUCGUUGCUCUACGACCACCUAGUUCGGCUCAACCUCUGUCCUUUUCUGGACAGCAAAAACAUGAAGCCGGGCGACAAGUUGUUUGACAAAAUUAAUGCCGCAAUCAAGGAGUGCAAGAUUGGUGUCGCGGUUUUUUCGCCUAAUUACUGUGCGUCCUACUUUUGCCUUCAUGAAUUGGCUAUGAUCAUGGAGAUGAAGAAGAAGGUUAUACCGAUUUUUUGCGAUGUGAAGCCGUCCGAGCUUAAAGUUGUGGACGAUGGUAGUGUUCCGAAAAAUGACAUUCAGAGGUUCAACUUGGCUCUUGAGGAGGCUAAGUACACUGUAGGUCUCACGUUCGACUCCCUCAAAGGGAAUUGGUCGGAUGUGGUGACAAAUGCAGCUGACAUUGUCAUGGAUAGCUUGAGAGAGUUGGAGGAAAAGCAACUCCAGCGCCAAAUUUAUUCUGGGAUUUAUUUCCCAAAACAUUAA